AUGUGCCGAAAGUUAUUAAGCAAGAAUUGAAUUAGUGAAUUAUCUUGUGCGCAUGAGCUGAAACGCUUGAAUCAAACAUGUAAAUGAAGAUGCUCGACGAGGACCUGGUGCCACUCUGGAACUGUUUUCUCUGGCUGAGGGCCAGGUCUUUGGUGGUGGAAACAAAAAGAACUGGUUCCAGAUAAAGCACUGGCUCCAAACCAACCCUGGUUCUGACCUUGUAGAAAAAGGGUAAAUAAGGACACAGCAGGGACUUAGAACCCAGAUGAUGGGCACUGGACUCAGACUUAAGUCAGAUUCUUCUUUGAAGACUCGACUAGACUUGGACUGAAACUCUGAGGACUCAAGACUCGACUAUAACACUAGUCCUAACAAAAAGCUCUGCUGUGGAUUUACAACAUAGUACAGCUUGCUGUGAAGUUUUCAGGUAUCUUGAUCCUCUGCAUCUGGUUAACUUGACCAUGCUUUAUGCGCCAUCAUCACAUCACAUCUUGAGAACAUAAUGUGAGACGUCCUUAUAGUCGAUGCCCAUGUGUUGUCUCCUACAGCAUCAGGUUAGAAUCACAUGCAGCAUAAUUGGGUAGAACCCAUCCAGGGACCUCUGCUGACCCCCUUUAGUGUCCAGCAUGCACGUCCAUCCAGGAAAAUGGUCCCUGUGUAUGACAGGGUGGUUGGACAGGCCAAACUGUCUAAAGCCUUCCAUGCGAGAGCCCUCCUUAUUUUAAUAUGACAUUAAUAUUGACCUUAGAGGUGGAUGGUUCAGGAGGAUAAACUGGAUCAAAGGUAUUGUUUGUGAGUGACCGCCUAUGUCCAUUACUAUAAAGCUGUGAUGCUGCAUGCAGAGGAACAGAUUUGCGCUGCUCACAGAGGGAACUUCAGCCUGGACAACAUCACUGAACACUUUGAACCUUGAUCUGUAUUUCUCAGUCACAUCCAAGUAACAAGAAAGCACCAGAAUGCAGUACAUUGUCUUGGCCGCUCUGCUCUCCGCCUGUGUGCUGGCUGAUGUCCAGCCUCAGUACUACUCCUUCUCCGAUGAAGUGGGUUCAGGAAAUGGCUUCCCGUACAGUCUGAAAGGACAAGGCAAAAUCACAGCUGUCAGAGUGUGGGAUGUCUACGGCAACUACAUCGCUGCUUUCCAAUUCUGCUACGGCUACAUCUGGUCUCCAGUUGUUGGUCGCCAAUAUGGGUUGCCCCAGGAGAUGAAGCUGCAUGACGAUGAAUCCAUCAUCCAGAUCUCUGGGAAGUAUUCCCACUUCGUGCAGUCAGUGGUGUUCACCACCACCAAGGGCCGCACGCUGCACGCAGGCCAGCCCUCAGGGAAAUCCUUCAACAUGUAUGCCCCCGUCAACAGCAUGUCCCAGCUAGUUGCAUUCAGCGGACGCUACCAAGGAUACAUCACCUCUUUCCAAGCUCACUGGGGCAUUCCGCCUUCCAACAGCACCGCCUUGUAUUGAGAAGGGUAACAGAGGAGUGAGAGCAUGUUUGCCUCAUCAAUUGCUGUCAGCACAUUGAUGUCACAAAACGUCAUGUUCAGAUUGUACAUGUUGAAAAUAUCCUUUCUCAGUAAAAUAAUUGUUCUUUGAUCAAAAAAGUAUUUUUAAGUUGAGAGAACUUAAAUGUUGUUUACUAGAACCCUUUAAAACUUGUGAGGUGUGACUUUAAGCUGCAUACUUGGGCAACAAUGUGAAGUAACAGAGGGCAUUAUUUAGUAACUUGUACUGUUUGAAGGAUUAGCUCAUCCUGAGCUUGUUUUUGUCCUCUUGAUUUUUAUGUAGGAGCUUUUAGCAUAGCAAAAGAAAUGCUGUCACAUACAAAUGAUCAAGAUAUUGAUCAUAUUGAUUGUUUUUGAUACGUCACUUUAAUCCUGAUUUCAUUUUCUCCUUCCCUUAAGUUGAUCUUUUUUCUAAUCAUUGUUUUGCACUUGUUAGAAAUGUCUAUGGGAACAGAUGUUGAAUAAAAAUGUUGUUGUUAACUGAAACUA